AUGGCGGAAGGUUGAUUUGUUUGGCGACGAUUUCUUUAAAAAAUCCUUACUUCUUUCUCCAAUAGCACAACCAUUAUUUAUUUACACCAUUUUAAAGAAAAUUAAAAAUGGCUUCGAAUGAUUCCUAUACUUUGGCUCUUAUCAACUAUUAUUGCCGUGAAAAGUUCUACAGRCAUCUGCAGAACACGUGUCUUGAAAGUCUACAGAAAUAUGGCAACGAUCCGGUGUUGAUUUUCUGGAAAGCUUUCGGGAUUUUGAUGGAAGACAGGGCAUCUGAGGCAAUGAGAGAACUUGAACUUGUCAAAGACAAGCCAGAAGUUGUUCUWUGCUCGAGCAUGGCAUUAGUGUAUGCACAUAAAAAAGCCAAGCUAGUGGACAGAGAAGCAGUGCAGGAAUAUGAAUCCAAGAUUCGACAGGAUCGGCAAAGCUGUGGCGAAAUGGCUCUGUWUUUUGGUAGUAUGUUUCUAUGGCAUACUGGAAAAGUUGAUAAAUCAAGGGAAUAUGUKGAUAGAAUGAUCAAAAUGGCACCAGAAAACAAAGCAGUAAAAACUGCUAAAAACCUGGAUGGAUUGCUUGGAAAGGCAACUUACCUUCAGUCCAAAAAUAACUUUAGUGGUGCCUUGGAUGCAAUCAAUCAGGCUGUCGUAGCUUAUCCAGAGUGUGUACCAGCACUGGUUGAAAAAAUGAAACUGCAGCUUGCUUUACAGGACUGGGACCAAACCUGUGAGACUGGGCAAAGGUAUGGACAAAUUGACUUAAUCCAAGCUGUUGACAGAUGUGAGCCACGCAACCCCCUGGUAUACUGUGACAUCUCAAAGGGCUUUAGUAGGCUGUGUGGCCGUAGCCCCUUAAUACUGCAGCAAACCCUUACCAUGGUUGAAAGAGCACAGUCUCUUGCACCUAGCAAUGCUGACUUCCAGAUUGAGGUUGGAAAUCAGUUGAUUAUAUCUGGUCGYAUCAAGGAAGCUACAAAGGCUUUUAGAAAUGCAAUGAAACUAGACGAGACAAGUGURCCUGCUCUAACUGGUAUCAUCAAGUGUCAACUGAUAGACGGUCAGAUUGAAGAUGCUGAACAGCAGCUUGAGUUCCUUAACGAGAUACAACAAUCCAUUGGAAAAUCAGCUGAGUUGUCAUACUUGACGUCUGUGCUGUAUAGGAAGGAAGGCAAACCACAGCAGGAUGUAGUUGAUGCUUUGAAUGAUGCCAUUGAUACACACUUCACUGGGCUGCAGGGUAUAGCACUUAGUGCACUGUACUUCUAUCAGAUGGAUCCUGACUUUCUCCUGCAAAUUAUCRAUGACUACUUGAAAUAUGCUCCAACAGAGCCUCAGACAUCAGGUCAGCCAGUACCACCCCUGCUGAAAAGAUGUGCCGCAGUUCUUGACCCUCUGACYAAAACAGUACCUGGUUUAAUGGAGGCUCAGUACCUAAUGGCUAAAGUGAAAUACCUGGCAGGUGAGACAGAUGCUGCUAAGUCGAUGCUUGCAUAUUGUCUUGAACAAGAUUCUACCUUCUCUGAUGCCCACCUGCUGAUGGCACAGAUUCAUCUUCAAAAGGGUAAYUAUCAACAGGCUGAACAGUCUUUGGAAGUUGGAUUGAGUUAUAAUUUUGAGGUACGUGAACAUCCAUUAUACCACCUGAUUAAAGCCCGUGUACAGCAGAAGAGCGGUAAUUCAGAGGAGAGCAUCAAGACACUGAUGGCUGCCAUGAACCUUCCUGGGGUCGAAAAACCAAUUUCCAAGAGUGAAAGCAAGAGAAACAAGAAGGUUCAGAUUGGUCUGAGUGAUCGUGUUUCUGUGUACCUUGGACUGGUAGAAGCUCACCGCUUAGCUGGACACUCGCACGAGGCAGCAAAGUUCAUGCAGGAUGCUUUAAAUGAGUUCCAAGGAACGCCUGAAGAAGUCAGGUACUACAUCAAAGCGAAAGAAAAAAUGGCAGAGAUCUACCUCCAUCACCGUAAAGACAAACGUCUGUAUGCUAGCGUCUACAGGGAGCUUGUUGAUAAGAACCCAAGCCCUCACACGUGUCUGUUGCUAGGAGACGCCUACAUGAGUAUCCAAGAGCCAGAAAAAGCCAUUGAAGUGUACGAAUCUGCUUUGAAAAGGAAUCCACGUGACGGUGCCCUAGCCAGUAAGAUAGGACAAGCCUAUGUCAAGACACAUCACUAUGGAAAGGCUAUCAACUAUUAUGAGGCGGCUCUUAAAAGUGGACAGCAGAACUUUCUCAGAUAUGAUCUUGCAGAGUUGUACCUUAAGUURCGCAAUCUUGAUAAAGCAGAAAAAGUUAUCAAGGCUGCACUGGAAUUUGAAAAAGCAAGUGACCUGCCAUCUUUGAUGGGUGAAGCGAAGUUGUUAACACUGUUAGCACAAGUUUACCAGAAAUCCAAUAACAUGGAACAAACAGUAAACACCUUGACAAUAGCCAAGGACGUGCAAAUAAGAGUUCUCAAACGAGUGGCAGUAGAACAGCCUGACACAGUACAAGCACAAAAGCUCCUCGCCGCAAAGAUUUGUUCGGACAUGGCAGAGAUCGCAGCUUCAGCACGUGAUUACGAGAAAGCGAUCAACUCUUACAAAGAAGCCUUAGCAUAUGAUGACACCCAUAAAUCGCCGUCAUUAGGUCCCAGAUCCUCAUGGACUCUCUCUACUAUACUUACAUUAGCAAUAAAAGGGAUUUGUUCGGACAUGGCAGAGAUCGCAGCUUCAGCACGUGAUUACGAGAAAGCGAUCAACUCUUACAAAGAAGCCUUAGCAUAUGAUGACACCCAUAAAUCGAUGAUGGCGGACCUCAUGUUCAGGAAGAAUGAAUACGCUUCAGCUACGUUUCAUUUUCAACAGCUGUUGGAGAGAAAACCAGGUCACUACACAGCACUAGCUAGGCUUAUCGAUCUGUUACGAAGGGCUGGGAAGUUGGAUGAAUGUCCAAAGUAUUUAACUCAGGCAGAGAACGCCCUUCCUCGUGCCGCUAUGGAUCCUGGGCUGAACUAUUGUAGGUAUACAYUGAAUCCUACCGGAGCAUUGAAGCACUUUAAUCUAUCUCGAAAAGACAGCGACUGGGGUGAAAAAGCCGUAUACAAUAUGGUCGAGAUCUGCUUGAAUCCUGACAAUGAAACCUUGGGCGGAGAAACGUUUGAAGCCAUGGAGAUUGAUAACAGUAAUCCAACAGAGAAGCAGGAUUCUGAGAUCAUGGCYGUGCGAACAGCAGAACGACUCCUUAAGGAACUCAAACCAAAGGCCAACCCGCUGAAGUAUCGUAUUCUAGAGAACUCUGUUCAGAUGGCAACUAAAGCUAAACCCAUCGUAGAGAAAGUGCUGUCUCAGUUUAUGGAAAUAGCUACGACAGAGAGGGACUACGUGCCUUCGUUGCUUGGAAUGGCCACAGCCUACAUGUACUUAAARCAAACCCCAAGAGCAAGAAACCAGCUUAAAAGAAUCGCUAAAAUGAACUGGACCUCCGAGGAGGCUGAAGAGUUUGAGAAGAGCUGGCUUCUACUUGCUGACAUAUACAUCCAGUCUGGGAAGUACGACAUGGCAAGUGAUUUGUUGAAGAAAUGUCUACAGUAUAACAAGUCGUGUUGUAAAGCAUGGGAGUACAUGGGUUUCAUAAUGGAGAAAGAACAAGCCUACAAGGAUGCUGCUAAGAAUUAUGAGAACGCUUGGAAAAACGGCAACAAGAAUAAUCCCACCAUAGGUAAGAAUAAGUAUCGUUCUCUACGCUCACUCGUGCUUGAACAACACCCGAAUUAUCCUAAGAUCAAGAAAGAGAUCUUAGAUAAAGCAAGAAGUUUGAUUCGAGUCUAAGGUGUUUUAUAUUGUAACAUGAAUCACGAUCGAAGUAAGAGCUAUAUGUUAAUACCAACGAAAGCUAUCGGGAAAAUUCAUUCACAACUUAUAGAUAGAUUAUUAAAACCUGGUUCCCAAUAGCGACGCAAGCAGACGCUAUUCUAUUUUCUCACUAUUCAAAAGAAGCGACUACAGCCGCGGCAAGAGAAGCGGAGAYUUUGUUUUUUCCAACUUUGGCUUGCGAUUGCGUCAGCCUAAAACCAGGCUCAAAAAGCGAAAAGAAGAGGAAAGAAUGCGAAUGAUCACACUCCCUGACAUCCCUUGACGAAAAAUAAUAUUUAAAAAUGAAGCUGUUCCUACAAUACCGUUGUGUUACUCAGGGUUAGUCUCGUUUCAGUGUCUAAAUAUUCACAAAUACCAACGAUAAAGUAAAGAAUGCACAACUUCAACGAUACAAACACUUUGAAAUUCCACAGACCUUCACUGGAACACAUGAAUAUUCGGCACAAAAUCGAGGCUAACCCUGAGCAACAGAGAACUUGAAACUUGAAUAUUCCUACGCACAUAUUGUUUAACAUUCAUUCAUUCAUUCAUUCAAACCAUAACCUUCGUGUCAGCUUAAUUAGUUUAUAGAAGAGUACGUACGAAUAUAACUUGAUAAUCACAAUGGAAAACCAAGUACCCGCRAUAGGGAAAUGAGGAAAUGUUGAGUUUUCGUAAUUUUAUUGCUUGUUGCUUGACGUUUUGUGUCCRACACAUUUUAAAAUCAUUUUGCACUUGGUUUAAUCAGUCUGGCUUAAGUAUUAUUACUUGGUUUAUGUACAAACUACUUGAGGUACAUCUAUUUUUAAAAUUCAAAACACGUGCUUUUAGGUCGGUCGGAGAUCUGAAAUCCUUGGCCUAUUAGCACGCUGCAAAUGGUAAAACAGUAUAUUCACAGCCCAACAACAUACUUUUCUUUUAGAUUGGAAUAUUUACCAUUACCUUUGAAAUGUAAUUUUUCGUAUUAAAAACAACAAAAUUUCCGUUUAGUCUCAAAUAGCCCAUUUCAGAUCUCCGGCCGACAGCGUUUUUAAAAAUAGGUGUAUAUUCCAGAAUAUAAGGCAAUGCAAUCAUUCCAACACGCCAUGGUUUUAUGCUAUCCACCUCUUAUCUCCUAACAUAAGUUCCAUUCACGGUUGCUUUGAGCUAUUGUAGUCAAGGAUCUCAACAACGCUUGUCUAUUUAAAAGCCCUUUUACAACCAUAACAAUAGAUACGUACUGUUUUUUAGCUUUUGUUAUGUUCUGUGGCAMACACGAUUCCAGGCGCGCACA